AGCAGGGCAGCGAUGGUGACCGGCUUCUCGGGCUACUAGACCACCUCACAUAGAGCCAAUACCUCGCCAGUCCACUUCUUAUCCUCUUUCCAUUUACGUGGACCACGAAUGGAUUCCAGGCUUCUGAUUGGACCGGGGGUCACCACACUGGACCCGACCGCCCGGGAACCCUGGAACAUCAGCUCCAUCAGCUCCAUCAGCCCGCACCCGCUCAUGGAGCUGUCUGCUGUCACUACCGCUGGUUCCAUGGUAGCAAGUCACCCAUUUCCAACGGCAGAUGUCCCCGCACACGCUCACUACACCAUCGGAGUUGUCAUCCUGAUCGUAGGCAUCACAGGCAUGCUGGGAAACUUCCUGGUCAUAUAUGCUUUCUGCAGGAGCCGAAGUUUGCGGACAUCGUCCAACAUUUUCAUCAUUAACCUGGCAAUCACAGACUUGCUGAUGUGUGUUACACAGACACCCACCUUCUUCAUCAACAGCAUGCACAAGCGAUGGAUCUUUGGAAAGAAAGGUUGUGAGUUGUACGCCUUUUGCGGAGCGCUGUUUGGUAUCUGCAGUAUGAUAACACUGAUGGUGAUUGCGGUGGACCGGUACGUGGUGAUCACCCGGCCUCUGGCCUCCCUAGGGGGGAUGUCCCGCAGGAAAGCCUUGUUAAUUCUGGCUGCUGCCUGGGUCUACUCCGCAGGAUGGAGCCUACCACCCUUCUUUGGCUGGAGUGCUUAUGUCCCAGAAGGUCUGAUGACAUCUUGUUCCUGGGACUACAUGACAUUUACUCCUUCUGUCCGUUCCUACACCAUGCUGCUCUUUAUCUUCGUCUUCUUCAUCCCUCUCUUCAUCAUCAUUUUCAGCUACUUCUGCAUCUUCAGAGCCAUCCGACACACAACGAGAGCGAUAACACAGAUGAACUGUCAGGGAACUAGAGACUCUGCAAAGAAGUUCAAUAAGAUGAAGACUGAAUGGAAGAUGGCAAAGAUUGCACUCAUUGUCAUCCUGCUAUAUGUCAUCUCUUGGGCCCCUUACUCGUGUGCUGCCCUCACUGCAUUUGCUGGGCACGCCGACAUGUUGACUCCAUACAUGCACUCUGUUCCUGCUGUGAUCGCCAAAGCAUCUGCAAUCCACAACCCUAUCAUAUAUGCCAUAACACAUCCCAAAUACAGGUCAGCGCUCAGCAGGUAUAUUCCUUACCUCGGGGUAUUGCUGUGUGUUACUGGCAGAGACCGUUUCACCAGCAGCAGCUUCCAGUCCACCCGCCGAUCAACCGUCACCAGCCAAUCAGAGAGCAAAGGCCCCAGCAGGCUUCGCAACUCCUCCCUUUCUGAGAGCGAAUCAGCCCGCUUCUCAGACAUCGAGGAGGACUGCUCGUCUCGGACGCCUGACAUUCUUCAGUUGUCCGGUGAUGCCAAACAGGUGCGCCAUGCAAGCAAGAGGUCAAAGGUGAGAGGUCGAAACACUGGAGAGUUUGAAAGCACUGCCGCCCACAACCCCACCGACCCAGCCAUAUGUAACCUCUCACAGAUCACAACACUGACAGAGCAUGAAGACAUCUCCAUGACGGACAUCGGCAUGCAGCCAUCCAGUCAUCUGCCUGCUACUCUGGACAAUGGAAUGGAGGAGUCUGGGCCAAGGAUUGUGUGUACGACAACACCAUCCGUCAUCGUAACAUCCAUAUCCAGUCCGUCUAUACUGCAUAGUCCCCCAGGUUUCCAUGGCAACUUUAAAUUGACCAAAAGGUGCAGCCCAGUUGUCAAGGAGCCCCUUGACAUAGCCAGACUGGAGACAACAGCAUUACCAUAAACAGCUGAACAAGUGCAAUAACAGUGUGUAACCAUGUGCGUGUUUCAAAAUGUUCCUUCAUGGGAGUUUUCUUUACUAGCAUGCCGUUUGCUAGGUAUUUUAGAAACCUCUUUUUUUAUCAACACACCCAGUGCCCAAUAGAAUGGGAACUGGGUCACAGUAAUAUUCAAGGUUAAAGGAAAGGCCUUGUGUUUGAUACAUUAUUUAGCAUCAAAAACCAGAGCAUGCUCUUUAUUUAAAGUUUUUGCAUACAGUAUGGGAGCGUGAAUCCCCAGUUAAUUUGGAAACACGAAUAUGCACAAACUAAUGUACAUUUGACUUAUUCUGACAUAUCCUAGUGAUGGUGUGUUUCGGAGCCAGAAGCAACAAAUUAGCCUUAAGAACAUAAUGUUAAAAAUGAAACUCAAGGGUUGGCUCUUACAUUUAUUCUGAUUGUUGGUUUCAAUUCUUGUCAUAAUGUUUGAGAAGAAGAAAACAAAUAUCUGUUUUGUCGUUUAUGGCAUUGCAUUUUUCUGAUUUGUUUUGAUUUCCUGGAAAAACAUUGUUGUCCUGCUGUUCAUAACUUAAAUGUGUUGAAACUAUAUAGUAAAUAGGAAGUGGAUGUAGUCGCUGUUACAUCACCUUUUUGUUUGUGGACUACUAUGUUUUGGCAUCUUAAAAAAUCACUGGGAAAGGUUUAAAAUUCCAAGACCAAAACAGAGAGCACUGAGACUGAACAUCAAUGCAUGACUUAAAAGUGAGGUCAGGUCCUAAAGCAUAUGCUGCUUCAUUCUCUCUUUUUAUCUAGAGGGGAUUCAUUUUCAAAAUAAACAUCAUGCUGUAUAAAAGAAGAAUUAAAAUAUCAAUGUCAGGAAAAUAUUUACAGAUGUAAUCAACUGAAAAGUCAAGUCAUUUUCGCAUAGGCUUUUAUACAACUGGACGUGUUCUGCUUGCAGCUGAGUCGCCCCCUGCUGGCUGCUGUAUUUCCAACCGAAUCCAAUUCAAGGAUCUUGAAUUUUGCUUCACUUUUAAGACCUAAAGGUUGUUGCUCGGUUAAAAGAUUACUGUUAACACACCAUAAGCUAAUUCUGGGGCAAUAUGACUACAACUGGGGUUAUUGUCCAUUAGUUUUAAAAGCAUGGUAUUUAUUAAAUUAAAUAAUUUCCAAAUCACAACAAAUCCUUGAUACUCAAUGCAGAGAAUUUCUCUUGUUUGUGUUUUAGUUUUUAUUCUGUACCUAAUCAUAUGAGAAUCUACUUUAAAUACUGAUAUUUAAAAUGCCUUAAGCAGUAUUUUCUUUAUUUACAAUGAAUGAAAUUACUACUAGAACUGUUGGUAUUAUAGUAUCAUGGCACUAUGCAGAUCUAUGCCACCCUUGAAUUGUGGUUUUCAUUCUCGAAAAGAAUAAAGCCAUGCAGCUUAUAAUACAACUGCGAGCCUACCAGUUCCAGGAGUUAGCAAACUGAACGUGUACAGUGUAAAGAGAGUUGAAUUUUAACUUGUAAAGAAAGUUACACAUUCAUCAACCAAUUUUCUCAGGAGCUGGUGGGAGAAGCCACAGCUGAAAUGUUAGUGGAAACUGGAUGUAUAUUUAACAGAUGGCUAGAAAGUGUACUUUAUUUGUAUGCUCAUGUUUGUGCCGUUUAUACUAUAGAUGUGUAUGUAAGUGGUUUGCCAGCACCUGUGUCUACCAUAAAUCAAAUGUAUUCAGGCAGCACACGUGUGUUUUUUACAAUGUUUUUUUUGUGUAUUUUUAUUAUUUAUUGCUUGAAAGUUUGAGAGUAAUUUUGGAAAACCGCUGAAUGAUCAGAUUGACGCAAUAUCUCUUGGGGUGAUUCAUUUAUUCCAAAUUGAAACAAAUCCUCCUAUUGCAAUGCUGCAGACUCAAACUAAACAGAGCUUCAAACUAACAUAUACUGUAAAAGCACCAGAAAUGUAUUUGAAUUCAAAUCAACCUGUGGAGAGCAAUGCUAAUACUUUUGAUGAUAGGAGAAAUUGUGGUCAACAAACACUUAAUGCAGCGUUAAUAUAAUGUGUAAUUCUGAACUGGGUGAUCAGGCACACAUGGCUCUGUCAUUUGUUGUUCCGUCCCUGGUAACAUUCAGUACCACAGAUCGGGUCCCGAAUGUCCACAGCUCUAGUACAUCACCCAAUACUUUGUGAGUAUGUUAAUAUGAGUGUGAAGAACUGGACACUGUACUAGUAUUUCUAUGAUGAUUGCCAAACCUUGCUUUAAUAUCUUCUUUUAGAUUGAUUUCAGGAUGGUUCUUGUAGAAAACCAAUUAUGAUUUAACAUAUCCAAAGCUCUUCUCCACUUCUGUACAUUACUGUUCCAAGUGACAUUCCUAUGAAUAACGCAUCAUUGACUAUUAUUGUAAUUAUUGUUGUUUUAAAUGAAAUUAAACUGUAACAUUUAAAAAUAUGAGACAACACAUGUUGAUACAAUCCUACUGCUGCUCAUUUGUCCUGCAUUUCCUAUCAAUGAAUGUACAAACUUUUAUGACCAGACAAAUAUAAAAUAUACUGUAUAUAUUAAUGCUAUUUUAAUUCUGCUUAAAUGA